AUGCUGUUGCGGUGCCGGAUCGCUGGAGACGGCUUUCCCGACGUCUGGAACGACGAAGACAGACCGGGCACCAGCAUCGACAGCGAUUUGUCUGCGUCGUACGGCGGCGGAACACGGCGUCUCUGCGGCGUGGUCAAGGUGUUUUCCUGCGACGAGGAGUGUGCGGACGUCCGUUGCGGUAGUGGAGGCCCCUCUGCUCCGCCAGACUCGCUGGACAGGUCGAUCAGCGUUGGGGCCGACGUCAUUGACCAGUUGGACAUCGACACGGUCGACUUGGCGUCCACGGUGUCAUCGUCGUCCGCCUCGUUCAGCUCAAUCACCGCCCCCUUGGACGCCAUGGCCGACGACUUGUACUGCAAAUACAGCUUCUUGACGAUCUCCAUCUUGGUCUUCUCGUCCACGAGCUUGACGUUGGACGUGAAAACUCCGUAG